UUUUUUUAAAACAUCACAUUUGAUAUCUUUUUUUUCUUAUAAAAAAAUUAUUUGUUUGACAAAAAACAAGUGGUGAUGACCAACAAAACUGAUCGUACGAUCAAUAAUAAUGGUGUCAAUAAUAACACCGAUAAAGACAAGACAUCUAAAAAAGAUGACAAAAGUGAGGACAAGGAUGACAAGGAAGAGCCACAGCGACAACCGGUCGGUUUCUUUUCAAUGUUUGCCUACUCAUCUGGUUUUGAUAAACUACUUAUACUAAUCGGAACACUAGUAUCCAUAGCUAUAGGAGCCGGACUGCCGGCACUGAUGGUGUUUAUGGGCGAACUGACCAACACUUUUGUUGUCUACGAAUACUAUAAGGGUAUAUCACUAUUGGAUCAGUUCAUCAAUACAACCUAUUAUGAGGAAUAUUUGGAACCGUUUGCCAAAAGCGGUGACUUUGCGACAUAUUUGCAUAACUUGUUUACAGAUUUUCCACAAUUGCAACUAAAUGUUAUGCAAACUAGACUUAAAUUAGAUAACAAAACGUUUGCCGAAAGAGUCGAUGAAACGGCCUUUCAUGGGGACAGACAAUAUGUGGACGAAUUUCUACACCAAUCAUUUGAAUGGAGUUACUAUAUGUUGGGUAUUGCCGGAGCUUUUCUAGUGGCCGGCUAUAUAAUGGUGGCCACAUUCAGUGCUGCGGCCAACCAUCAGAUUCAUAAGAUUAGGAUAUUGUUUUUCAAAGCCGUCUUAAGACAGGACAUCACUUGGUAUGACACGAAAACAUCGGGAGAUUUUGCCACAAAAGUGACGGCUGAUUUGGAUAAACUUCAAGAGGGAAUUGGAGAUAAGGUCGCUCUCUGUAUAUUCUCAUUUUCAACCGUAUUGUGUUCACUGGGAACUGCUUUUUAUUACGGAUGGGAACUAACAUUAGUUAUACUAUCGGUUACACCAGUUUUGGUUAUCUCUUUUAGUAUCAUUGCAAAAAUUCAGGCCCGGUAUUCAACAACAGAAUCCGAUUCCUAUGGAAAGGCCGGUGCUGUCGCUGAAGAAGUUUUGGGUGCCAUUCGUACAGUCUAUGCAUUCGAUGGCCAAAAGAAAGAAAUCGAAAGAUAUGACCGAAAUCUCGAGCCGGCAAAGAAAAGCGGAAUCCGACGACAAUUGUUUACAGCAUUAGGUCUCGCAAUGAUGUGGUUAUGUAUUUAUUGUAGUUAUGCGCUGGCAUUUUGGUACGGCGUCCGACUGUUUAUCAGAUCCAUCAACGAUCACAAUAGUCUCUACGAGCCGAGCACUAUAUUGAUAGUAUUUUUUACAGUCCUAAUGGGAACGUUUAGUAUCGGUCAAACCACUCCCUAUUUUGAGGCAUUCGCUCAGGCAAGAGGUUCGGCGGCACUUAUAUUUGAAGUCAUGAAUAGAGUACCAGAAAUUGAUAGCAGUUCGCAAAGUGGAGAAAAAACUAAAGAUUUUAAAGGACGGGUAGAACUGCGUAACGCACAGUUUACUUAUCCGGCCAGACCUGAUGUACAAGUCCUAAAAGGACUAAGUCUAGUGGCAGAGCCGGGAGAAACGGUAGCUCUGGUCGGUCCCAGUGGUUGCGGUAAAAGUACUGUCAUUCAAUUGAUUCAACGAUUUUACGAUGUCAGUGAUGGAGAAGUUUUGAUUGAUAAUAAAAAUAUUAAAGACUUGAAUGUCGGUUGGAUUAGGGAUCAAAUUGGUGUCGUUGGUCAGGAACCGGUAUUGUUUGGCUGUUCAAUAGCUGAAAACAUCAAACUUGGUUACAGUUCAGCAACUAAUGAUGAUAUCGAGUCGGCGGCAAAUGAUGCCAAUGCUUAUGACUUUAUUAUGCAAUUGCCGCGAAAGUUUGAGACACUGGUGGGUGAGAGGGGUUCGCAAUUAUCUGGCGGACAGAAACAAAGGAUAGCCAUUGCCAGAGCUUUAGUUAGAAAACCAAAAAUUCUUUUGUUGGAUGAGUCGACCAGUGCUUUGGAUAAUCAAAGUGAGUCCAUAGUUCAGGCGGCACUGGACAGGGCUAGUGUCGGACGAACCACUUUUAUUGUAGCCCAUAGAUUAACAACCAUAAGACAUGCGGAUAAAAUAAUUGCCAUAAAUGGCGGCAAAGUUGAAGAAGUGGGUACUCAUGAGGAGUUGAUGCAAAAAGAAGGACUAUAUUAUAAUUUAGUAAAAAGUCAACAAAGAAUUAGUGAAGAACCCAAUGAUUUGGAUAAUGAAACUCAAACUAACGAUUCAAAAGUCGAGAGACAACUGCUUUCGCGAGCGUUUAGUAUCGAAAGCGACAAAAGUGACGGAUCUUUGGCUUUCAGACGAAAAUCAAGUGUCAGCCGUAAGAAACGGGACUCUCAAUCGCCAUCAUUGAUACGAUUGUUUCAAUUGUUAAAACCGGAUAAAUAUCUUGUAAUCAUCGGCGCUUUGUCCGCAUUCAUAAUGGGUCUCUCGAUACCGGGUUUUUCGAUAAUUUUUGGCGAAAUUUUAGGCACUCUUUCCAAUCCAGACAUCCAGAAGAUCAAAGACGACGUACUAUUGUAUUCCAUGUUAUUCGUGGUAAUGGGUAUUGCCUCAGGAUUUGCAUCAUUUUUUCAGAUUUAUUUGUUUGGUAUUACUGGUGAACGGCUAACAAUGAGACUGAGAAAAACGGUAUUCACGGCUAUGUUAAAGCAAGAAAUCGGUUGGUAUGACAUGCAAGAGAAUAGUACCGGUGCUCUCUGUUCCCGACUAUCAUCGGAUGCAUCCAGUGUUCAAGGGGCCGCCGGUUCACGUUUGUCUACCCUAUGCCAAGCAGUAUCGACACUGGGAGCCGGUGUUGUAAUAGCAUUGUAUUAUAGCUGGAAACUGGGUCUAGUAAUCAUUUGUUUCAUACCAUUGGUUAUUAUAUCGACUUAUUUUCAAAUGAAGAUCAUCAGCGGUCAGGUGACCAAAGACAAGAAGACACGAGAAGAAGCUUCACGGAUUGCCGUCGAAGCUAUCGGUAGUGUCCGCACCGUUGCAUCGUUACAUCAGGAGUCGGCAUUCAUAGCUAAUUAUCAAAAUUCAUUGCAAAAACAGUAUAAUAAAUCGAAAAUACGGGCCCAUCUCAGGGGUAUUACAUUUGGUUUGGCCCAAAGUAUGGGCAACUUUUCCUAUGCCAUUGCAUUGCUUUACGGUAGUAAACUGAUUGUCGACAAUGAACUUACUUAUGGAAAUCUAUUCAAGGGUGUCGAAGGAGUUAUUUUCGGAACGGCAAUGGUUGGACAGGCAGUCGCGUUUGCACCGGACUAUCAAAAGGGCAGAAUAGCGGCCGUUUAUAUUUUCAAACUAUUGGACAGACUUCCCAAAAUUAUAGUCAACUCUUUAACUGGCGAUAAACCGACAAAGUUUGAAGGAAAUGUCAAUUUUCAGGAAUUGGAAUUCAAAUACCCGACCCGUCCCGACCAGAAAAUUUUAAAAGGAUUAUCUUUCGAUGUAUCGAAAGGACAAACGGUAGCUCUGGUCGGUUCAAGUGGUUGUGGAAAGAGUACUAUAAUUCAAUUAAUACAACGGUUUUAUGAUACAGAUGGUGGUGAAGUGAAAUUAGAUAAUAAAAAUAUAGUUAAUCUCAACAUUCCGUGGCUUAGAAGCAAAUUGGGAAUCGUAUCACAAGAACCGGUACUUUUUGGUUACAGUAUCGCUGAAAAUAUUGCUUAUGGAGACAAUAGUCGUGUUGUGCCAAUGGAUGAGAUCGUUAGGGCCGCAGAAAAGGCUAAUAUUCAUAGUUUUAUCAAAUCAUUGCCAAUGGGUUACGAGACACCAGUGGGUGAUAAGGGAACACAACUGAGUGGUGGACAGAAACAGAGGAUAGCCAUCGCCAGAGCAUUGAUUAGAGAUCCACAGAUACUAUUGCUGGACGAGGCUACCAGUGCUCUGGACUCUGAAAGUGAAAAAGUGGUACAACAGGCACUUGACGAGGCCAGAGAGGGCCGAACCUGUAUAGUGAUCGCACACCGACUCUCAACCAUUCAAAAUGCCGACAAAAUAGUUGUCGUCAAUAAAGGAAAGGUUGUCGAAGAGGGUACUCAUCAACAAUUGAUAUCCAAAAGGGGUGCUUAUUAUAAACUUUAUAGUUUACAAAGUGCUACACUUUAACUUUCAUUUACUUAAAAACCCUAUUAUUAUUAUUUUUUAAUUAUCAUAAAACAUCAUUAAAUUAUUGAUAUAUAAGUACUUUCAUAAUAGU